AUGGCGGGGUUGCCUAACCGCCAUUACUGGCAACUCAAUUCUGCUCAUCCUUCACAGCAGCCAUGGUCUCCUUCCCCAGGAUUCGAUGUCGUCCCUCCUUCACCUCACCACCACCAUCACCACCAACAGCAGCAGCCUCUCCCUCCACAAUCGCCAUACGAAGCCUAUGACCAGUCCGUCAAUGGUGUCCUUGCCUACCGACCUCGUGUCGACGAAUACACCUACACUGGCAUCCACCACGCCAUGACUUCGCCCACGACCAUGUCUGGAACACCUCAACCGAGUACGCAGGACUACCCUGAUGACCCAAGCUUCGAGACUGGCUCAGAUGGCCGUGUUGAAAUGAACCAGGAAGAUGUCGACGCCAUCAUCCGCAACAAGAGGAAGGUCAGAGAUCCAAAGGCUUGCUAUGCUUGCCACCGUCGAAAAGUCAAGUGCAACAGGGAACUACCAUGCGACUCAUGUGUCAAGAGAGAUCACCCAGAGCUGUGCUCGUAUGAGCGACCAACCAAGAAGCGUCGCAUUGCUAUGACCACAAGCUUCCCACGCCAGAACAGCGACGGCUCAGAUGUCAAGGAUCCUUCACUCCAGAGCGGACCCAAUGUCACUGUCCCCAAGGAACAAUGGGAGCGCAUCAACAAGGAGCUCGCACAGAUGAGGGAGCAGAUUGCCACCACAGUCGACGCACCCGGAGAGGCCGAUGGUGUCGCCAAGGAUGGUGUCGCUGGCCAAGAAGAGACGGACCGUGAAGGUAUUCAUGCUCAGAGCAAUCAGAUGGGAACCACACAUCUCGGUGGUCGCUCCGUGUUGGCGUACAUGAUGGGUCUGGGCCGAAGCAAGUCGGCACAGGAUACGGCGCUUCACAUGCUUAAGGACAAUAUCCUUCCGAACCUGGGCCUCGACAACGACAGCGUCACAUAUCCCUUCGUGGACCUCUGGAGUACCGACAACAGCAUCAAGGAUAUCGAUGGGCUCUGCAGCGCUAUUCCUGCUGACAAUCUUUGCAAACAGUUCUUCUACUCAUACCGAGAUGUUGCAUGCACGAUCUAUCCAGUCGUCGCCGAGCCGGCCGCUUUUGAAGCUACCCUCAACUUCAUGCUCGCCAAUCGAACGAAGGUACAACAAGGAGGCUUCCAACUUGACCCAAGCAAUCCCAUGGGUGUCUCGCUACCCACGUUGGCACUCAUGUUUGCUGUCAUGGCUUCCGGUGCACAGUGUUCUCAGAUUAGUGCUAAGGAGCGGGAGUUGACGUCGCAAGUCUAUGUCUGCUGCUCAUAUCAAGCCCUGCGCAUGGCGAACUUCCUCACUCACCCGAAUCUGGAGACUAUCCAAGCACUACUCAUCAUCACUAACGUGCUGUCGUACAACAUGAACCCUGGUGUCGCUUACAUCUUCCUUGGACUGGUCAUUCGCAUGGCCUUCUCGAUGGGUCUGCAAAUCACGCCGACCGGAUUCUCGGAUCACGAGAGCUGGCUUCGUCGUCGGGUCUGGUGGGCAAUCGCCUGGCAAGAUUCACACUUUAGCGUCAGCUAUGAUCGCCCUACUUCGACCGUUUUAUGCAACCCAGAGAUUCCAUAUGCUCCUGAAAGCACCGAGGACAAUCGCAACUAUGCCGAGACUAUGUACAACAUCAUCAAACUUACCCAAGACAUCAUCCGCGAAAGGACAUUCAAGCCCAAUCAAAGGAUGAGCUGGAGCUCAAUACAGAAAUACAGGGAAGGCGUCAUCAACAUCGUGGGUGACGCUGCACCACAUCUCCGCGAACGAUCAGCAUGUGGCAGCGACAAGCAGAAUCAUAUCGAGCGACUCGCCCUGAAGCUGCACUCAUCGUACCUGAUCAGCGAGCUCUGUCGACCAGCGCUACGCGAGACAGGUCGCUCAGAAGACCAAACGCCUAGCGGCACACCAGUCGGCUCACCGACCUCAUCACAGGCACGCCGCAAAUCCCGAACCUCAUCUCGGUCCCCACCAGCGGACCCCAAUCUACCCCAACAACUCCGCCGCGACUGUCUCCGUGGUCUGGAGGGAACCAUCGAUGCCUACGUCGAGCUCACCAAGCACUCCGAACUCGCCGCCCGCAGCUGGAUCGGCAUACAGCGUGCCGUCUCCGCCGCCUUCCUUCUCGGCACCCUGCCUGAAGCAAGUCAAGAAUCGCGCAUCAUCGACCUCUUGCGCGAGCUCGAGAAUUGUAUCUUCAAGUUGACCGAUGAAGACCCGGCGUUCGAUGCUCUUCGUCGCAACGACCCCAAUCUGACACCGACGGCGGAUCAUCCAUCGACGGAUGACAGCAGCAUAUGGGCACGCAGCAUGACGAAAAGUCUGCUGACGCUGCGACAGCUGAACGCCUCCCUCGCUAACAACGUCGUUGGAGCUUCUCACAGACUGGCGCAUCCAAUGCCUAGACACAACGGCAUGAACAUGACAGUGCUCCACAUGGACGGUGGUCAGAUGCAGCAUCCUUACCCGCAACCUCAUCAUCAUGCUAUGAACAUGCCGCCGAGGAGCGCUUACCCACCCCUGUCGACUGCUGGCAUGGGCGGGCCUUCUAGUGCUGGUGUGAAGAUGGAGCAUCAUAGCCCGACCAUCGGUAACGGGGUAAUGGUUGGUGGACCGUCGAUGCCGCCGGGACUUGUCAUUCCAGUGUCUGGUCCGGGUGGGAGUCUUCCAGGGAGUGCGACAGCGAUGCAUCCGCCUGGUGGAAUGUGGAACUAG